UAAAUGUACAACCAUUAGCCAGUUAAGCAAGCCGAUUAAGCAAGCAUCUGCCUUCAAUAUCUCCUGUAUUUUCUCAUCUAAUUAGCCACGCUUGAAGUUCAUACUUGAACCAUAUUUCCUGCUCUUCUUCGUGCUAAUCGGCUGGCCACUUCCAGAAACCAAUUUCUGUCCUCAGUUUUAGUAUUGUGAUUCUAGAUUAGAAAAAAGAGAACCAGGUGAUCGAGCGAGGUGAGGCAAUGGGAGGCACCCUGCGGUUCCUGUCGGAUGUGCUGCUAGGUAGCAGCAGCCAGAGGCAGCACAGCAAGAAGCGGAGGCAGUUCAACACGGUGGAGCUCAAGGUGAAGAUGGACUGCGACGGCUGCGAGCUCAAGAUCCGGAACACCCUCGCCAACAUGAGAGGAGCUCAGUCGGUGGAGAUCAACCGGAAGCAGCACAAGGUGACGGUGAAGGGGUUCGUGGAGCCGCAGCGUGUGCUGAGGAGAGUCCAGUCGACGGGGAAGCGGGCCGAGCUCUGGCCGUACGUGCCUUACACAAACCCCUACAUGGCGCCGGUGUACGACAAGCGGGCUCCCGCCGGCCACGUGCGCAAGGUGGAAGGUGUCAUGCCGGUCUCCGCCGGGCAGGAGGAGCGCCUCGCCACGAUCUUCAGCGACGACAACCCAAACGCCUGCUCCGUCAUGUAGUCAUGCUCAUGCAAGUCACUGCGCCAAAAGACCCUUUGCUUCUUCUUCCUUUUUCGGGGGUGAUUCCUACCAAACGACCCUCUGCUGAACUUUCUCCACCGACAGACUAUAAAAUAGCCCAUUAGUAGAACUACUAUUACAAAACUCGUCAACGAUGCUUGUAACAAAAGACUCAUAUUUUUAAUAAUUUAACAAAGUACUGUAAUA